AAGUCUCUGAGGCGGCCUGAGGAGAAGCCCCGCAGUGAACCCCGCCGGCGGGCGCAGCCCUUGGGGCCGUGCGGGUUUGCGCAGGGCGCUGCUUCCCCUUCAGGCGCUGCCAGCGCGGCCCAGGCCAGACCUGAGGCAUGCGGAGGCCUCCGCCGCCACGCCGGGCAGGCUGACGGGGCGGCUGCUUCCAUCAGCCCUCUAGUAUUAGAGGCCCGCCCCCUGCUCCCACCUCUCCCCUGGCUCGGAGGGCCCGAGCACCGUUCCAAUAGGGGAAAGAGGCCGCAGCCGCACAAACCCCGCUCCAGCAGCCCCGCCCCAGCUCGCCUCAGCCGCCCCCGCUCUCCUCCUGCCGCCGGCUCGGCGAGAGGGCGGAGAGAGGGUAGGAGAGAGAAGGGGAGGGGGCGCCGGCCCUGGCGGCGGCGGCAGCGGCAGCGGCUCCGCGGGCUUCUCCUCGCGAGAACGGGCGAGGUUUCCGGUGUUGUGACUGCGGGGCCGUAAACAUGGCGGUGAGUCUCCGCGCCCGCUCGUUGAGGCACCUCCGCAUCCGAGGUCGCAACGACAGCGGCGAGGAGAACGUCCCUCUGGACCUCAGCCGAGAACCCUGUGAUAAUAUGAGAGAAAUUCUCCAAAAUGUGGCCAAAUUACAAGGCGUUUCAAAUAUGAGAAAACUAGGUCACUUGAACAAUUUCACUAAGCUUCUUUGUAGUACUGGCCAUGCUGAAGAAAAGCUAGGGUUUUCAUAUGACAGCAUCAUAAUAUGUCUGCGGUUAGCUUUGCUAAACGAAGCAAAAGAGGUGCGAGCAGCAGGAUUGCGAGCACUCCGCUAUCUUAUUCGAGACUCCAGUAUUCUCCAGAAGGUGCUAAAGUUGAAAGUGGAUUACUUGAUAGCCAGGUGCAUUGACAUACAGCAGAGUAAUGAAGUAGAAAGAACACAAGCACUUCGAUUAGUCAGAAAGAUGAUCACUGUGAAUGCAUCAUUGUUCCCCAGCUCUAUUACUAAUUCUUUGAUUGCAGUUGGAAGCGAUGGUCUUCAAGAAAGAGACAGAAUGGUUAGAGCAUGUAUAGCCAUUAUCUGUGAACUAGCACUUCAGAAUCCUGAGGUGGUGGCUCUUCGGGGUGGUUUAAGUACCAUCUUGAAAAAUGUGAUUGAUUGUCAGCUAAGCCGAAUAAACGAGGCUCUGAUAACUACAGUUUUGCACCUCAUUAAUCAUCCAAAGACCCGACAGUAUGUGCGAGCAGAUGUAGAAUUAGAGCGCAUUUUAGCUCCUUACACAGAUUUUCACUACAGGCAUAAUCCAGACACAGCCGAAGGACAACUCAAGGAGGACAGAGAAGCACGGUUUCUAGCAAGUAAAAUGGGAAUUGUGGCAGCAUUUCGAUCGUGGGCAGGUAUUAUCAGCCUAUGCAAACCAGGAAAUUCUGGGAUUCAGUCUCUUAUUGGAGUACUCUGUAUACCAAAUAUGGAAAUACGGCGAGGUCUGCUUGAAGUUCUCUAUGAUAUAUUUCGCCUUCCUCUCCCUGUUAUUGCAGAAGAAUUUAUUGAGGCACUUCUCAGUGUAGAUCCAAGCAGGUUUCAGGACUGUUGGAGGCUUUCUGAUGGCUUUGUAGCUGCUGAAGCUAAAACUAUAUUACCCCAUCGAGCCAGGUCAAGGCCUGAUCUCAUGGAUAAUUAUUUGGCUUUAGUGCUUUCAGCAUUUAUUACCAAUGGACUUCUAGAGGGUCUGGUUGAAGUGAUCACAAGUAGUGAUGACCAUGUGUCUGUUAGAGCAACUAUCCUCUUAGGAGAACUUUUGCACAUGGCAAACACAAUUCUUCCUCAUUCUCACAGCCAUCAUCUGCAUUGCUUACCAACACUGAUGAAUAUGGCAGCAUCUUUUGACAUCAUGAAAGAGAAAAGACUGCGAGCAAGCGCUGCACUCAACUGCUUAAAACGUUUUCACGAGAUGAAGAAGAGAGGACCUAAACCUCACAGCCUCCAUUUAGAUCAUAUUAUUCAGAAAGCAGUCUCGACCCACCAAAAGCGGGACCAGUACCGUGUGCAGAAAGACAUCUUUAUUUUAAAGGAUACAGAAGAAGCACUUGUGAUGAAUCUGCGAGACAGCCAGGUUCUCAAUCAUAAAGAGAACCUUGACUGGAAUUGGAAUCUAAUAGGCACCAUACUGAAGUGGCCAAAUGUAAAUCUAAGGAACUAUAAAGAUGAACAAUUGCACAGGUUUGUAAGGAGAUUGCUAUAUUUUUACAAGCCUAGCAGUAAACUGUAUGCCAACCUGGAUCUGGACUAUGCCAAGGCUAAGCAGCUCACUGUGGUGGGUUGUCAGUUUACUGAAUUUCUUCUUGAAUCAGAAGAGGAUGGACAAGGUUACCUGGAGGAAUUGGUUAAAGAUAUUGUACUUUGGCUCAACUCUUCAUCAGGAAUGAAACCUGAACGUAGUCUUCAAAACAAUGGGUUACUAAAUACCCUUAGCCAGCACUACUUUCUGUUUUUUGGUACUCUUUCUUGUCACCCUCAUGGAGUGAAAAUGCUUGAAAAAUGUAAUGUGUUUCAGUGUCUUCUUAAUCUUUGUUCUUUGAAGAACCAGGAUCACUUGUUGAAGUUGACUGUUUCUAGUUUGGAUUACAGCAGAGAUGGGUUAGCAAGAGUCAUCCUGUCUAAAAUCCUUACAGCAGCUACUGAUAGCUGCAGAUUGUAUGCAACAAAACACUUAAGAGUAUUACUAAGAGCGAAUGUGGAGUUCUUCAGCAAUUGGGGGAUUGAGUUACUGGUGACCCAGUUACAUGAUAAAAAUAAAACUAUUUCUUCUGAGGCACUUGAUAUUCUAGAUGAGGCAUGUGAAGACAAGGCCAAUCUUCAUGCCCUUAUCCAAAUGAAACCAGCUCUUUCUCAUCUUGGAGACAAGGGUUUGCUUCUGCUCCUAAGAUUUCUGUCCAUCCCAAAGGGGUUUUCAUAUCUAAAUGAAAGAGGUUAUGUAACAAAACAAAUGGAAAAGUGGCAAAAGGAAUAUAACUUAAAAUAUGUUGAACUGAUUGAGGAACAACUUAACGAAGCACUUACAACAUACCGCAAACCUGUUGAUGGUGAUAACUAUGUUCGUCGGAGCAACCAAAGAUUGCAGCGACCACACGUCUACCUGCCAGUUCACCUUUAUGGCCAACUGGUGCAUCAUAAAACGGGCUGCCAUUUAUUGGAGUCUCAGAGUAUUGUUACAGAUCUGAGUUACACUGUUCGUUCCCCAAUGCUGGAUAAGUGGGAAGGAAUUAAGCAGCUGAAAGCAGCCCUUUGGGCUUUGGGCAAUAUUGGAUCAUCAAAUUGGGGUCUUAACUUGCUUCAAGAAGAGAAUGUAGUUCCUGAUAUACUGGCGCUUGCCCAACAUUGUGAAGUUCUCUCUGUUAGAGGAACCUGUGUCUACGUGCUUGGUCUAAUAGCCAAAACUAAACAAGGAUGUGACAUUUUGAAGCAUCACAACUGGGAUGCAGUAAGACACAGUCGUAGACAGCCUUGGCCAGUGGUCCCUGAUGACAUGGAGCAGCUCUGCAAUGAACUUUCUUCUAUACCCAGCACUCUUAGCUUGAACUCUGAGUCCACCAGUUCAAGGCAUAACAGUGAAAGUGAAUCUGCUCCCUCAAGUAUGUUCAUCAUGGAGGAUGACCGUUUUGGUAGUACUUCCACUAGUACAUUCUUCCUAGAUAUUACUGAAGAUGCAGAACAAAUAUUUUAUGACAGACCUGGACCGUCAAAGGACAAAGACCGUAGUCCUUUUCCAUUUUUUUCUUCUAGUAGGCUUGUGAAAAAUCGCAUUCUAAACUCUCUUACUCUACCUAAUAAAAAACACAGAAGUAGCAGUGAUCCAAAAGGAGGAAAGCUGUCAUCAUCUGACAGUAAAUCAGGCCUGAGGCGAAAUCGUACAGUGACAGAACCUUCCAGUAGCAUAGACUUUCCUGCUGGGGAAGAACUCAACCCUGUUUUCAGAGUUCCUAAAAUCCAGACUUUACGAUUAGAAACUUCUUUUGUCGGAAGUAAGCACAUGGAAGAUGCUGAUAGUACCCCAAGUAUUGGAGAAAAUGAUCUGAAGCUGCCGAAAGGUCUUGGAAAUGAAAUUCAGCGGGAAAACACAAGCAGAGAAAGGCUGAUAGGAGAUGGUACUACACAAACACAUUUCAAGAGUCGUAGCUUAAGUUUUAAUACAGAUACCACAACAAGUGGCAUAAGUUCAAUGAGCUCUAGCCCUUCCAGGGAGACUGUAGGUGUGGACACUACAAAUAUAGAUACUGAUUGUGGAAGCUUGAGUACUGUGGUAAGCACAAAAACAGUUAAACCAAGUCACUGUUCAACACCACAGUCUAACCACCUGCCUCUCUCAAAAUCUAACUCUGUAUCGCUGGUACCGCCAGGGUCUUCUCAUACACUUCCCCGAAGAGCCCAAUCUCUUAAAGCUCCUUCUCUUGCUACAAUAAAAAGUCUUGCUGACUAUAACUUUAGCUACACAAGUUCUCGAGAUGCCUUUGGCUAUGCUACACUAAAACGCUUACAACAACAGAGAAUGCAUCCUUCACUGUCUCAUUCAGAAGCCCUAGCAUCUCCAGCAAAGGACGUGCUGUUUACUGACACUAUUACUAUGAAGUCCGGCAGCCUGGAUUCUCGGCUGACCCCAAGCCGGUUCAUGAAAGCUUUAAGUUAUGCUUCAUUAGAUAAAGAAGAUUUAUUAAGUCCUAUUAAUCAGAACACACUUCAGCGUUCCUCUUCUGUUCGCUCUAUGGUUUCUAAUGCUACUUAUGGUAGCUCUGAUGAUUACAUUGGCCUUGCUCUCCCAGUGGAUAUCAAUGAAAUAUUUCAGGUAAAGGAAACUCCAUAUUUCCAGAAGAAAACCACACCUCCACUUGAUGACCGUGGAGCUAAGGUCUUUGGACCUGAUGCAGGAGGUCUUCCAUCAGAUACAGGUGAUUCUGUCAAGAGCCCUUUUCAGAUGCUCCGACAGCAGAUCAGUCUCACAGAAAUAAUGAAUACCAGCCGUUCAGAUGCCUCUCAGUUUUUAGAAAACACAGAGGAUACAGGACUACAGGAGCACACAGAUGAGAACUGCCUUUACUGUGUCUGCAUUCAAAUCCUGGGUUAUCAGCCUAACAGCAAAGUGAACUCUUCAUAUAAUCGUACAGAUUUUUCAGACAUUCCUUAUCCCGACUGGUGUGGGCAGACCAUACACAAUCACUUAGAUGUGCAUUCCUCCAAAUUUUCUGGAAUUUCAGGCUGUAGUGAUGCAGUGUCCCAUGGUUCAGCUAGCAGCACCAAGAGUACAGAGCUUGUACUGGGAGUAAAAUCAAUCCCAGAUGAUACACCAGUGUGCAGAAUACUUCUGCGGAAAGAAGUCUUACGUUUAGUAAUCAAUCUCAGUAGUUCAGUGGGAACUAAGGGCCAUGAAACUGGACUCCUGACAAUUAAGGAGAAGUAUCCCCAAGCAUUUGAUGACAUUUGCCUUUACUCUGAGGUGUCAUACCUGUUAGCACAUUGUACGUUUCGACUCCCAUCUCGAAGGUUCAUUCAGGAGCUGUUUCAGGAUGUGCAGUUCUUACAAAUGCAUGAAGAAGCAGAGGCUAUUUUAGCAGCACCAACUAAACAACCAGUAAUUGAUCCCUCAGCUGACUCCUGACCUCUGACACGUGCAGUGCAUUGCAUAUAGACUUUCUGAAAUGCUCAAACAACCUCGGACUGACUGGAUAAAAAGCUUGGAGCAUCAUCUUCUGGACUGUUCCAGAAGCUACUGGUACCUGGAGACUGAACUGAAAGCUUUUUCUUCCUCAACCAAUUACUGCCCAAGUCUUUUGAGCUCAUUGGGGAUAUAUUAAACAUUACCGUAGUUUUAAUAAUAGUAAUUACCAGUAUAUGCAAGAGCCGAGCACUGAACACCUCCACAAGUUUUCAUUUCAUUUUCUACCAUAAAGUAACAAACAUAGGACAACACAAAGAGACAUCUUUUUUGACUGACUUCCGAUUCUGUUCCAGAGAAGCCUUGCUUUUGAUAACCAGGAAUCGGAGCAAUGAGAGUGCAUUCCAUUGUCAGCAAUGGGGAGCCAUGCUGUAAUCAUGGAUGCUAGGGGAUAAUGUUAGCAUUUGUCUGUUGUUUUUUGUACUGUUUAUAACACUACUUGGGGGUUUGUAACUUCAGACAGAUAGAAAAACCUACGUGAAUCUGAGGUUCAUUUAAGUUAUUUUAAUAUUGCUAUAGCUAUAAAUCAUUGUAUUUACAGUCUCUCCAAUUUCAUUGCAUUUACAUACAUGUAUCUCAUCUGAACCAGUUAAGGAUUUUCACUACAGUUUGGUUUUAAAAAUAACAAAUAAUUUUAACUUUAAAAUGCUCAAAUCAGAUGGUUUUCCCUGAAUUAUGUGCAUAUGUUUGCAGUUUCUACACUCACGCUCAUAUAGUAUGGAUGUUGGUCUUACUCUUAACUAAAAUCCUUUAAAAAGCAUGAUUUAUAUCAGAUAAAUGAAUAUUGUGUAAACUAAACUUGAAAACAUUUAAUCAUUGCUGCUUUUGUGAGAAGACAAAAUAUGAGUGUUUUCCAAGUUCCACGGAAACAGCCUUUUAUAAAAUCAGAGGUUUAUUUAAAUUUUAAGUGGAUGAGUGAUCAAGCAUCUAAUAAUUAUUAAUAAUUGUAGUGAAAAGCCUUAAGUACCAAAUUUUGGAGCAGCAGUUCUUAGUUUUAUAUUGGUAUUUAAGACUUGCUGCAAAAGUUACAAGAUAUGGUGACUGUUAAUGACUGGUUGCUUCUGUCACAUCACUAGUGAGAUUUCUAAACUAAUGAGUACAAGUUUAAAAAAAUAAAGUAAGAAUUCCCACCACUUUUAUCAUGGAUCUGUAGGUUCAGAAGCCUCUAUAUGAAGGUAACAUAAAUAUAUGCAAAUGUGUACAUACAGUAGCAUGGCCACCUUUGUUAGAACGCCUGUAAUAGAAGGGAUUAUCCUUUGAUUUUGAUAUAGGUCAAUAAUUCAGCUGGACUGUACUGAGUAGAACAUAUUUUUAUCCAUUCACUUCUACCAUUUUUUAUAAUUGUCAAAUUAGUACUUAAGAUAAGUGAAAUUUACCCUGAUGCUUGUAGCUGUUUAUUUGGUAUGCUAUUGGACAUUUCAGUAAGUAGUCCUGUGAACAGUAAAACAUGACUCCUAGUGAACUGUAGAAUUUAUUCGCUCUUACUGGAAAUUUUAUCUUGCCACAUAAGCACUGCUUUGCAGCUUUCACUUCACCUAGUUCUUAUGUGUACUGCAUACCACCAGGCUCUGGUAAAGCAGAUUGUAAGUUGCUGCUCAUAGUUAAAUUUAGUUCCUAAGAUUAUCUUUACUUGAGUUCCCACUGAAAGAUAGGAAAAAGAA